CCCUUCUUUCAUAUCAUUCUUUCACUUUUGCGCUUUGGCCCUGGGACUCUUUUCAAAUGCACCCCCUCCCCUCUCCUCUCUCUCUCUCUGAUUCGUCAGACGGGAGUGAAUGACCCUCUUUUUGUCUCCCUCUCCACUCCCUCCACACUCUCUCACUCCCCCUCUCUCUCUCCCCAUCUCUGAUUAGAUAUACUGAUUCCUCCUUUCAAUGGACGUCAUUUAAGCGUAGACUCCUGCCUUGAGUUGCGUCCUCCGCUUCACGCCAGAUUUCCGACUAUUCUCUCCUUAUUAUUAAGUAUUCCUGUAAUAAUAAUAGUCAUGAAUGUGUUCUAUUAGGAGUCCAAGAGGGAGACGAAGAAGCGGUUCUUUUGCUAAUAUGAGCUCAAACGAAGGGACGGUAGCAGUGUGAUAGAAGCCGGAGAGCAGGGGGAGAAAGAGGGGGUUACCGAGAGAAACUUUUAAUCCCGAAUCCACCAGCACCGACGAAUAUCUGCUUUUUUGUUUAACCCAAAUGAAGGGCAGCUCGGAUCUUACUGUUUAUUUCUGAUGGAUUAUCGUCCUGCUGUUGAGGCACAUAUCUGAUUGCCGGAGCCAUCGUGAUCCUGCAGGACAGAAUCUUUUCGGGGGCCUAUUUUUUCUUUCUUUCUUUCUUUUUUUCUUUUCUUUUACUGGUUAAUUCCGGUUACUCGCCCCCUCUACAAAAAACACUAUUAGUAUUCACUAUUAGUGUUUUUGAACUGAUUUUUUUCUUGUCUUGAGUUGCACCAAAAAUCCGCACAGAUGUUAGUACACAGUUUUUCAGCGAUGGAUCGCCACGAUGGCACCAGCAACGGGACAGCCAGGCUACCUCAGCUGGGCAGCGUGGGCCAGAGUCCUUACACGAGCGCUCCGCCGCUCUCCCACACGCCGAACUCGGACUUCCAGCCCCCGUACUUCCCCCCACCAUACCAGCCCAUCUACCCGCAGUCUCAGGACCCGUACUCUCACGUCAACGACCCCUACUCUCUAAACUCCCUGCACGCCCAGCCGCAGUCGCAGCACCCGGGCUGGCCGGGCCAGAGGCAGGGUCAGGAGAGCGGCCUGCUGCACCAGCACCGCAGCCUGCCCCACCAGUUGUGCCGGGAGUAUCGCAGGGAAAUGCUCCUACCGUCCGGCCACGGCAUCGAAACGGGACUGUCGGACUCUAUCCCUAUCCAUGGAAUACCUCACUCUUUAGACGACGUUCAGCCUGUUGAGGAUCAAGGAAUUCACAUUCCCGACCAGACUGUAAUUAAAAAAGGUCCAGUGUCUUUAUCCAAGAACAACAGCGUCUCCGCCAUCCCCGUAAAUAAGGACGGUCUUUUCGGAGGGGUGGUUAACCCUAAUGAGGUGUUCUGCUCGGUUCCGGGUCGCCUGUCUCUCCUCAGCUCCACAUCAAAAUACAAGGUCACGGUGGCCGAGGUGCAGAGACGCCUCUCGCCACCCGAAUGCUUGAACGCUUCUCUGCUGGGCGGGGUGCUGAGGAGGGCCAAGUCCAAGAACGGAGGAAGGUCCUUAAGGGAGAAAUUAGAUAAAAUCGGUUUGAAUCUACCUGCAGGCAGACGCAAGGCAGCCAACGUCACCUUGCUGACGUCAUUAGUCGAAGGCGAAGCAGUGCAUCUUGCCAGGGAUUUUGGUUAUGUAUGCGAGACGGAGUUUCCAGCCAAGGCAGUAGCUGAAUAUGUAAACCGUCAGCAUUCCGACCCAAACGAACAAGUCCAAAGAAAAAACAUGCUAUUGGCCACGAAGCAAGUUUGCAAAGAGUUCACAGACCUGCUGUCCCAGGACCGCUCGCCGCUGGGAAACUCACGGCCACAGCCCAUUCUUGAACCGGGAAUCCAAAGCUGUUUGACCCACUUCAGUCUAAUCUCGCACGGUUUCGGGACCCCUGCACUGUGCGCGGCCAUCACGGCCCUACAGAACUAUUUGACCGAAGCUAUCAAAGCCAUGGACAAAAUGUACCUCAACAACAACCCCAACAGUCACUCAGAUAACGGCACUAAAGGCGGAGACAAAGACGAGAAGCACAGAAAGUGAUGUUUCCAUCCCACCUGCGCACAGAGGACCAAACCCCGAGGGUCCUUCUACUGCACCCCCCACCCUCCGCCUCGCCCAGGCCUCCACCACCUACCCACCCACUCAUCCAAUAUAAAUAUUAUAAAUACCUUAUAAAUAUUAUUGAAAAAGUUAAACGUGCCACUUCCUGAUCUUGCGCGGUUUUCCAUGUUUUGUUUUUACACCCCACUUUGGAUUCCAGGGGAAAGGACGCAAGAAUCUUCUUCUUCUUCCAACACCUGAACCAAGCGAAAUGUUAUUUUAAAAAAAAAAGAAAGAAAAAAGAGAGGAAAAAAAUGCAGAGGAACAGCUCCAGGGCGAGGAAAAAUCUGAAUUGCCUCACCCACAGGACUUUUUAUGUACUCUUCCCUAUUUUUUAUGAGCUGCAACGAAUGGGCUGAAAUCCAGCGACCCUUCUAUAUCUCAAUUUUACGAUUGUGACAAAAAAAAGAAGAAAAAAAAAAAAAAAAAAAACGAAGUUAAAAGAGGAUGAAUUCUUUUAUCAGUAUUGUGAAUAAUAAACUUGAAAAACACAGCGAAAUCCCACAAUUCUCCAUGUCAUGACUUCAGUUGUAGACUCUCACUCUCUCUCCAAGCGACCAACUUGAACUUUUUUGAAUUUCAACACGAUUCACGGUUAUAUAAGGGAAUCAGUGUUCAUGUAUGUAUAUAUUUAUUUAUGUGUAAUUUAAUGGGAAUUGUAAAUAAGGUGCGUCUGUUGAAACUUCUUUUUUUAUUUAUCUGGUGCCUCCUGUUUUAGUGGGUUUGAAUAUUCGGUUAGUUCUUCAUGUGAUUUUAUGGUUCUAGAAAACAGAAGUUUGGGGUAUUUUUAUUUCUCUGGGAUAUUUCAAUUCAGCCCUCUUGUAGCAUGUUGAGGCGACACUGAAGCAAGUGAACAAAUUUAAUAGAAAUAAACUACCAUUUUCUCUCUCUAUAUAUCAUCCUAUUCAGUUUUUUUUUAAUCCGAGAUGAGGCAGAGCAUAAGUGAGACCCCGAGGAGAUUUAUUUUAGUGUGUCUAUUUUCGUUUUUAUCCAAGCUUUUAUGUGUUGUGCCAAUCAGAAUACGUUUCACCUCUUGUUCUUUCCUUGAAGCACCAUAAAAGCAAUAAAUGGAAUAUUGUCUCUUUAUUUUUUUCAAUGUUCGAAGACAUAAAAAAACAAAAACAACAAAACAAAAAGCCAAAAAAAAAAAAAAAAAAAAAAAAAAACAAAAAAAAAAAAAAAAAGCAUUUUUUGGGACCACCUGAUAUCUUGUCAUGUCCGAUAAUGUCCAAAAAUUGGAGGCGGUUUUAGCUGUAUUGUAUAGACAUGUGCUGGCAAUAGUUCCUAUGCCUGUCAAUGUAUUAUAGUCCUUUGUUGCCCAGAAAAAAAAUAAAUAUUUGAUACGCUUCA